AUGGGUUGCGGAGGAUCAAAACAUCAAGGAACAAUGGGACAUGGUGGUGGUGGUGGAAGUGGUGGCGGAGGUGGCUACAACGGUAAGAAACCAUUAGAAAAUAAAGUUAAAUUCCAACCAAUUAAAGAUAAAUUCCAAUCCUUACAAGAAGUACAAGAUGCUUUACGUACUGCUGGUUUAGAAUCAUCAAAUUUAAUCAUUGGAAUUGAUUAUACAAAAAGUAAUACAUGGAAUGGUAAAAAAACAUUUGGAGGUAAAUGUUUACAUGAUAUUCAACCAGGUAUGUUAAAUCCAUACCAAGAAGCAAUUGAAAUUAUUGGCAAAACAUUAUCAGUAUUUGAUGAUGAUAAUUUAUUACCAACCUAUGGUUUUGGUGAUUCAAGAACUACCGAUAAGAGUGUAUUCUCUUUUACAACCGAAAGACCUUGUUUUGGUUUCAAUGAAGUUUUACAAAAAUAUAAUGAAAUCACUCCAUUGGUUUCUCUAUCAGGUCCAACUUCAUUUGCGCCAAUCAUUAGAGAAACAAUAAAUAUUACCGCUGCAGCAAAGGCAUAUCAUAUUUUAGUAAUCAUUGCUGAUGGUGAAGUAUCCGUUGUAAAUGAAACCAUUAAAGCUAUUGAAGAAGCUUCAAAAUAUCCAAUUUCAAUCAUUUGUAUUGGUGUUGGUGAUGGUCCUUGGGAUACAAUGGAGAAAUUUGAUGAUGAUUUACCAGAAAGACAAUUUGAUAAUUUCCAAUUUGUACCAUUCCACACAACAAUGGCAAAAGCUGAAAAUAGAGAAGUUGAUUUUGCAGUUGCCGCUCUUCAAGAAAUUCCUGAGCAAUUCCAAUAUAUCAAACAACUUGGUUUACUUUAA